CUACCAUGGCGUCCAAUAGAACAAACCACGGGCAGUUCAGCAUAGGGGCAUUGUCGUUGGUUGCCACCAUGCAUCGCAUAGGCAUAGCUGCCAUGCUCGUGUUGUCCAGCUGCUUCUUGUUCCUCGCCACGCAUGCACAGCAGCAGCCCCAGCCAGCCGCAAGUGAUAACACAGCUAGUCUUCCUAGCUGCAUACCGCACGAGAGGGACGCCCUGCUGUCAUUCAAGCACGGCAUCACCAGCGACCGUGCAGGCCUCCUCAACUCGUGGCGGAGACGGUGGCCACGAGCCCACGACGAGCAGGACUGCUGCCGGUGGAGAGGCGUCCGGUGCAGCAACCGGACUGGCCACGUCCACAAGCUUCGACUUCGAGGCAACUACUACGAAGAAAGAUCAACUAUGGAGGGCAAGAUAAGUCCUUCUUUGCUUGCUCUCGAUCAUCUAGAGCACCUUGACCUCAGCUGUAAUGAUCUAGCAGGGCCAACUGGCCGUCUUCCCGAGUUCUUGGGCUCUUUGAAGAGCCUCAAGUAUCUUAACCUCUCUUACAUAUCAUUUCAAGGCAGUGUGCCUCCCCAGCUUGGAAACUUGUCAAGGCUGCAGCAUCUGGAUCUUUCAAAUAUGCAAGACACAAACUCAAUGGAUCUAUCAUGGUUAACACGCCUUCCUUCCAUCGAAUAUCUUAAUCUGAACGGAGUGAAUCUCAGCACAGUAGUGGAUUGGCCUCAUGUCAUGAACAUGCUUCCUUCUUUGAGGGUCCUUCGUCUUUCUAGCUGUUCUCUAGCAAGCGCAAACCAGUCGCUGCCUCACCUGAACCUUACAAACCUCGAGGAGCUGGAUGCCUCCGGCAAUUCCUUCAACCAUCCAAUGGUGACCAGCUGGUUCUGGAACAUAACAAGCCUCAAAUACCUCUACCUCGGCUUAACCCGCAUGUAUGGUCAAUUUCCGGACGCUCUUGGAGACAUGAUAUCACUGCAAGUCCUUGAUUUAUCACUUAAUUUCUAUUAUCAUGAUGAUGAUAAAUAUCGCGUCAUGACCACAGAUCUGAAGAAUCUAUGCAAUUUGGAGGUGCUGAGCCUUUAUUCGUCUCUCUUACACGGAGAUGUAACUGAGUUGUUGAGAAAUUUGCCUCGCUGCUCACAUAACAAAUUACAAGAGCUGGACCUACGUGCGAACCAAUUAACCGGGAUGCUACCAAGAUGGAUAGCGCAAUUUGCUGGUUUGCGGACCCUUGAUCUCUCUUACAACAACCUGCGUGGAAAUGUCCCAUAUGAGAUUGGUAAGCUUAGCAAUCUGACCUAUCUGGGCCUAAAUAAUAAUAAAUUGGAUGGUGUGAUAACCGAGGAACACUUUGUUAGUGCAAGGAGCUUGCAGUACAUAGACUUGUCAUAUAAUGCCCUGAAGAUUGAGAUCAGCUCAGACUGGCAACCACCAUCUAGAUUAGAUAUCGCAAUCUUUGCAGCCUGCCAGAUGGGCCCACUGUUUCCUGGGUGGCUUCAGUGGCAUGUGAACAUUACCCAUCUUGAUAUCUCAAGUGCAGGUAUAGCUGAUAGGUUUCCACAAUGGUUCUCUGAUGCCUUUUCAAAUGUUGAAUUCCUGAACAUCUCUAAUAAUCAACUCAACGGAAGUUUGCCGACCAAUAUGGGCUUCAUGUCACUACGAGAACUCUCUCUCAGUUCGAAUCAGUUAACUGGUCAGAUACCUACAUUGCCACCAAACAUAAGUACCUUGGACUUGUCCAAUAACUUCUUGUCAGGACCUCUGCCUUAUGCUACUAGAUCCGCCAAUCUAAAACAGCUAUCUCUGUUCUCCAACCAAAUCACUGGUCAUAUUUCUGAAUCAUUUUGUAAAUACCAAGGAUUGUUUGUCUUGGAUUUAUCCAACAAUUUUUUGGAGGGAGUACUUCCAUUAUGUCUUGGGGUAAUGGAAGAUGUGGAAAUUUUAGGCUUACGUAACAAUAGUUUGUCAGGAGGGUUCCCAUCUUUUGUACAGAACUUAACAAAUAUUAUGUUCAUAGAUUUGUCUAUGAACAAUUUCUCUGGAAGAUUGCCAACGUGGAUUGGAAAAUUAACGCAACUAAGGAUUCUACAGUUAAGUCAUAACAAGUUCUCUGGGAACAUUCCGGUGAACAUCACAAAUCUUGCAUGCCUUCAGUACAUGGAUCUUAACAACAAUGAGAUAUCAGGGUCUCUUUCGAGCUACCUAUCAAAUCUAAAAUCAAUGGGAAAUACAAUAGAUAAGUGUUCAAUCCUUGAUUUUGAUCCUGCUCCUGUUUUGAUCCUACAAUUGCAUGUACCACCUAUUUUGUAUGUACCACCUAUUGGGAGGCUGUUUCUUCAUAGUUUGUCUACGAUCUUGAAGGGGCAGGAAUUGAACUACGGUUCCAUUUUUAGAGUUCUGGACACAGGUAUGAUGAGCAUUGAUUUAUCUUCUAAUAAUUUAAUAGGCGAAAUUCCAGAAGAAAUAGUUGUUCUUGGUGCGCUAGUGAAUUUGAAUUUGUCAAGGAACCACUUGACCGGAGUUAUCCCAAACAAGAUUGGAGAAAUGCAAUCACUGCAAUCACUAGACUUCUCGAGGAACAAGCUAUCAGGCGAAAUACCCGUCAGUCUGUCAAAUAUAACAUUCUUAAGUGACUUGGACUUAUCAUACAACAAUCUUACAGGAAGAAUUCCAUCCGGACCGCAGCUUGAUACCAUUUAUGCUGAGCAUCCGACUAUGUACAUUGGCAACAUCGGUCUCUGCGGGCAUCCUCUUCAAAACAAUUGCUCAAGUGAGGGUCAGGCGCCAAAGCAAGGUGACUUGGGAAGAACUGAAGAAGGUCAUGGGAUACAAUUCUUUUAUCUUGGACUCGAGUGUGGCUUCGUGGUUGGUACCUGGAUGGCAUUUGGUGUUCUGUUGUUCAAGAAAAGCUGGAGAAUUGCUUGCUUCCGAAUCUCGGACAAGCUGUGCGACAAAGUGUAUGUCCUUGUUGCUGUAUGGGCAAGACAAACACGAACUGAUCAUGAUGCAUGAAGCAAAGGCGAUGGUCGGUGCUUCAAUUGAAAUUAGCCAAUGCAUGCAUGUAUGAAUAAUGGAAGUGGGAGAGAAGUCUGUUCAGGAGUGCUUUGAACUUUGCUACUACCAGUAUUGCAUAUUGCCAUGGUUUUCUUUACGAAAUGAAGAUACGUGCGUCCAUGUUUAUCUCUUAUAUAUCAUGUAAAUUAACAACCGACACUUGAUCAUUGGCCAACAUCAGUGUUUGUUGUACAAGAUAGAUAUUACUUGUUUGUGUCUAGAUAACAUAAGUAUGUUGUAAACUCUGGCUGAUAUUCAGGAUGUUGUUGGUUGUAGUCUGUACAUGCCAUUCGCCUGGCCGGCUCAUGGCGCUAUAUAACACGUAGAUGCGGCCUCUACAGAGGUUAACACGCUUCACCAAA